AGUGACGACGAGGUACGAUUGAUUGACAACUUAUUCACGAAGCAGGGCUACAACGCUCUCAUAAGGCCAGUCCAACACCUCAACGAAAGUCUCAUCGUCGCUUUCAACAUGGCUCUCAUACAACUCAUUAACGUGGAUGAAAAGAAUCAAAUAGUCCUGACGAACGUCUGGCUCAGAAUGAUGUGGCAUGACUACCAGCUGAAAUGGGACCCGUACGAAUACGGUGGGAUUGGUGUCAUCCGUAUGCCUGCUGUUGAAGUCUGGAAACCUGACAUUGUACUCUUUAACAAUGCUGACGGCAGGUACGAGGUCUCAUACAAAUCCAAUGUGGUCCUCUCGAACGAUGGAAAAAUCCUCUGGAUCCCACCGGCCAUCUACAAAAGUUCGUGCACCAUCGAUGUUGAAUACUUUCCCUUCGACGAACAGGAGUGUCACCUCAAGUUUGGCUCAUGGACGUUUAACGGCGAUCAGGUGAGACUUGAUUGGUACGAUGACAAGCAGAAGAUAGAUCUGAGUGACUACGUGUUCAGCGGCACGUGGGACAUCAUGUCCUGUCCUGGAAAUCUUUCGUUGGAGUUUGAUCAAACGGAGGGCUACAACAGGUCCUACAUUAUAUACAGCAUCAAGAUGAGACGCAAGACUCUCUAUUACACGACAAAUCUCAUUCUACCGUGCAUCCUUAUUUCAUUUUUGAGCAUGUGUGUCUUUCUGCUGCCCGCGGAAGCUCUGGAAAAGAUGACACUCUGCAUUUCCAUAUUGCUGGCUCUUGUUGUUUUCCUGUUGCUGGUCUCUAAAAUUCUCCCGCCAACUUCUCUCACCGUUCCACUGAUUGAGAAAUAUUUGCUGUUCACUUUCAUAAUGAACCUCAUAACCAUUUUCAUCACUGUCUUCAUAAUAAACUACAGCUUCAGAACUCCCCGGACCCACAAAAUGCCAUCCUGGAUUCGCAACUUGUUCCUCAACUUCCUACCGAGAUUGGUGCUGUUGAAACGACCCAACCACGAUAAAAAGUACCACAAAAAAGCAUACAGUCUUUAUCAUCACGAUGACAAUUCUAAAGAAAAUUUAGACCAAGUUUGCAACGGAAAAGCCAACAGAAACGUUAACUCCGAACGAUUUGACACGACCAGAAAUCCUAGAAAGAUGACCAAAUUUGGUGAAGAGCGGCCCAAAACGUUUAUCAAUAAGUUAGCGAGCGAAGAAACCCCAGAGUACCUUAGAUCCAAAAUUUCGAUGCCUUCCACAAAAGUUACAAAGAUGACGACAACGUCUCUUGAAAGCAUUCCACUCUGCCAGGAAACCAUCAAGGCACUCGAAGCGGUUAAGUAUGUGGCCACUCAGAUGAAGAACAAUGACGAUUAUAUGGAGGUACUUGACGACUGGCGCUACGUGGCUCUUGUGAUCGACCGGUUGUUGUUCUUCAUCUUCCUGUCGGUGACGGUGUGUGGAUCGAUAGGGGUCCUCAUCAACGCCCCCUUCAUAUUCGAGUACGUGGACCAAGAUGCUGUCAUUCAGAACAUCAUCAACGACAAGUACGGCUAUGGAGAGGCCAGGACACCCUCCUCAGAUAAUUCCUUGUGA